CUCCUCCUCCUCUUCCUCCUCCUCCUCUCCAUCCCUCCAUUCCUGCCUCGCCGCUGCCGCUCGUAGCUGCCGGGCUCUGCCUCGCCCGCCUUCUCUCCCCACCCUCCUAAUCCCCAUCACCAGCCAUGGCCGACAUGAAGACAGGCAUCUUCGCCAAAAACGUCCAGAAACGCCUCAACCGCGCCCAGGAGAAGGUUCUUCAAAAAUUAGGAAAAGCAGAUGAAACUAAAGAUGAGCAGUUUGAAGAAUACGUUCAAAAUUUCAAACGGCAAGAGGCAGAGGGUUCCAGACUCCAGAGAGAACUGAGAGCAUAUUUAGCAGCCAUUAAAGGAAUGCAAGAUGCCUCAAAGAAGCUUACAGAGUCUCUCCAUGAAGUGUAUGAGCCAGACUGGUAUGGACGUGAAGAUGUGAAAAUGAUUGGAGAGAAAUGUGAUGAACUUUGGGAAGACUUCCAUCAAAAACUGGUGGAUGGGUCAUUGUUAACGCUGGAUACAUAUCUAGGACAAUUUCCUGAUAUCAAAACUCGCAUUGCAAAACGAAGCAGAAAGCUAGUGGAUUACGACAGUGCAAGGCAUCAUCUAGAAGCCCUGCAGAGCUCAAAAAGAAAAGAUGAAGGCAGAAUCACCAAGGCAGAAGAAGAAUUUCAAAAAGCACAGAAAGUGUUUGAGGAGUUUAACACUGACUUGCAAGAAGAGUUGCCAUCUCUGUGGUCACGACGAAUUGGCUUCUAUGUGAACACCUUCAAAAAUGUAUCCAGCCUUGAAGCCAAGUUUCACAAGGAAAUAGCUUUAUUAUGUCACAAACUAUAUGAAGUGAUGACAAAGCUGGGGGAUCAGCAUGCAGACAAGGCCUUCACCAUUCAAGGGGCACCAAGUGAUUCAGGUCCACUGCGCUUUGCAAAAACACCGUCCCCACCAGAGGAGGUCUCUCCCCUGCCCAGCCCCACUGCUGGUCCCAAUCAUAUGCUGGCACCAGCGUCUCCAGCACCAGCCCGACCUAAGUCACCUACACAGCUGAGGAAAGGUCCGCCAGUCCCACCACUGCCCAAGCUCACACCCACAAAGGAGUUGCAACAGGAGAACAUCAUUAACUUAUUUGACGACAACUUUGUCCCAGAAAUCAAUGUGACAACGCCAUCACAGAAUGAAGUACCUGAAGCUAAGAAAGAGGAAUCGUUGCUGGAUUUGGACUUCGACCCUUUCAAGCCAGAAGCAGUAUCAACAGGAGCUGGUCAUUCACCCAUGUCUCAGACAUUGCCAUGGGAUCUAUGGACGACAAGCAGCGAAUUGGUGCAGCCGGCAUCCACCAUAGCAUUUAAUGGAUUUGCACAGGAUAUCUCUGCAUUUACAGUGCAAUCAAAUGAAAAUGUGGAAGAGCCUUUGAAGACUGAGGCUGAAGAAACUCCACCUGGGGAACCUAAGGUUGAGGAAACCCCUGCUGCUGCUGCUGUAGAAAAGGAGGCCGUCCCUGCUGAGCCAGCAGAGCAGGCUGUGGAGAAUGUUGAGGCAGGAGAUAAGGAGACAACUGGAGCUGCCAAGAAGGAAAGCGAGGUGAUGCCUGUUGGUGAGAGCACUACGGUGUCAGAAGACAGUGCAGCUGUGGCAGCAGGAGCUGCCACCACUGAGCAGGAGGAUGUUGCUGAAGGUGACAAACCUCAGGGAGAAGAAAAAGAGGCUGAUAUGUCUCAGGAAAAGGUCAGCAGCAUCCCUGCAGUAGUAAUAGAUCCAGCAUCAAACAACGAGGGGGAGGGAGAACACGAAGUCGUCAUGGAUGAGUCCAAAGAUGCCACAACAGAGAUGGGCGCUCAGGUCACCGACACUUCUCUCAGUGAAACUUCCCAAUCUGGAAAUGAUCAGAAACCUGCUGAAGAAAUCCAGGCUGCACUUUCUCAGGAUCAGCCUGUUCCAGCAGAAGAUGCAGCUUCAGCAAUGCCACCUGGUUUUCUCUAUAAGGUUGAAGUUUUACAUGAUUUUGAGGCAGCUAACAGUGAUGAGCUUAAUUUAAAACGAGGAGAUAUUGUGCUAGUGAUUCCUUCUGAGACCACAGCUGAUCAGGAGGCUGGCUGGUUGACUGGCAUUAAGGAAUCCGAGUGGCUUCAGUACAGAGAUGCAAAUAGUUAUAAAGGACUUUUCCCAGAGAACUUCACACGCCAUCUGGAGUAGUUCUCCCAGGCAGACAAAUGUAGUAUGAAGCUCAGUCAGUAGGUUUCUAACCUCGUUGAAACACAGGAGCCCACCUUUUUGUUGUUUAAGCUGUUAAUGGUUUACAGACUGGUGCCAGACAAAGCUAGUUGAAACAUAUCAAAUGAGCAUGAGUGCAAACAGUUAAGCUGUAAUUUCUGAAGCAGUACGUGGGAAAAAAAAAACAGAUAAAAAUGAAAUGUCCUUAUUUGUUCACGAGUAUGUGGCGACAGGUUUGUUUGUGCUUCGUCAGAGCUAUGGUGAUCCUGUAUUUGAUCCUUUCCCAAGAAAUCUGAAAUUAGCUUCCUCAAUACCAAAACCUUAACUUCUCUGCACUAAGUGUAUUGUAUUCCGUUGCACUGCAGAAGAUUUAAUUAAUUAUCCUGUAGUUAUAAGGUCAAACUAUUUCAAGUUCCAUAUGUUAAAAAGAUAGUUAACUACUGCAACGUUUUUCAGUGUUAUUUUUGGACAUGCAUAAUAUAUAUACACAAGGACUUGUAUGUGUAUAUAUGAGUGCAUAUGGCUAUAUGCAUUUUCACAACUUCAUUGUAGCUCUUUGGCUGUGUAGUAUCAUCGAGUACAUGCAUUGCUUUUUCAUUGUCUGGCAUUACAGGAAACAGUUUUGUUCAAAGCAAAACUAACUACUCCAUUGCCAAAACAUGAUACAAUAUCUGUGUUUGUAAUGUGGAAUUUUCAUUCUUAGAUGAUGAAUAACAUCAUGUUCAAAGCCGCUAACCUUUGAGAAGGCAUGGCUCGGUCUCCUCUUCCAGCUGCAGUAGUUACAAUGAGAUAACCUGGAGGGGGGAGUUGUUAUGAUGCUAAUCUAUACUUUUUUAUUUAAUUGGCUGAAUACAUUUUCAAAAAGAAACAGAACUAAUCUCUGAGAAUAAAUAAACACAAUAUAUUUUCACUAUAUGUAUUUAUGCAGCAUACCUUCACAGAACCUUUUAAAGUAAGAUAUAUAUAUCCUGUAUCAAAAAGUCAUCUGUAACUUAUGUUUUCCAGUGCUGUGUCAUUAAAAAUAAACCUUUGGUCCAAAGAA